AUGCGUAAGGCUUCAUCGGCACAUUUGGUGCCAAUCGCAACAGGAUCCUUCCUGUUGCUAUUAUUUGCGUCACUGGCAUACGGUGAACCGAAGAGCCAUCCUAUAACGACUCAGCUAUCGGCAAAAUGGGGCAUUACUCCGCUGCAGCUAGAAAUUGCGGAGUUUAUCGAUGAAGAAAGUGCCAACUCGUUCUGGGACUACGUGGAGCUACUGCAUAGUGGUUCUGGCGGGCUAUACCGUUUCGAUACGGAAGAAAAACGUUAUCAAAAAUCCAUCGAAUUAGCCUCGGAAAUACUUGGCGAAGGACAAAUCAGCUUACUAAAGCUGGCCCUCUCAUUGCAUAGUUUCUCACCAAAAGUGCAGGCCCACCUGCAGGUGGCCACUGAAGUUUUGGCGAAAGGUGACUGCGAGACAACGAUAUUUGCCAGUAUCAAUGGAAAGGUGGCAUGCGGAGUGGACGACCUAAAGAGUAUCCUGAAGGCAGGAGGAAAGGAUUCAUCUCCCAUCGAAACGUUUGCCAUCGACCAUAUUUAUCCUGGAUCGGAAAACAACUCACUAACCGUUGUGCUGUACGGAGAGAUAGGAACGCAAGAGUUUAAGAAGUUCCACGAUAUUAUCCGUCCGGAAACCGAGCGUGGUGUUGUGCGAUACACUUUACGGCAUUAUGUGAGAAAAGUCUCUUCUAGAAAGGUUCGCCUUUCCGGUUACGGUGUAGAAAUGCAUCUCAAAUCCACCGAGUACAAAAGCCAGGAUGAUUCGCCGCGUCCACAGGACUCAUCGUCUUCUGCGGAUGCCGAAGACUCUACCAGCGAAAUGGAAGUUGAAGUGGAAGGCUUUGAUUUUGCUCAAUUGAAGAAACGUUUCCCUCAUUUAGUACAUUCUUUGGAUCGUUUCCGGAACGCUUUGCUGGAGAAACAUGAAGAAAUUGCGCCGCUUAAGGCAUGGGAGUUCCAAGAACUCGGUUUGCAAGCCGCUCAAAGGAUUGCUGAAAUACAGGGCGAUGAAGCGUUGCAGAUGUUGCAGUUUACCUCUCAGAAUUUCCCCACGCAGGCAAAGUCACUGCUUUCGCAAACGGUACCAGAGGAGUUUAAGAAGGAAAUGCGACACAACACGGAAGUGUUUGGACGUAAUUUGAACCUACAGCCGCCGGAUUCGGCCCUGUUUCUCAAUGGUUUGUUUUUCGACGCCGAAACGAUUGAUACAAUCACACUACUAGAUACACUGCGAUCAGAAAUGCGCGUUCUCGAGGGCUUAAAUCGUAUCAAUAUACGAGGGGAAACGGCAACGCCAUUGCUUGGGCUGGAUUUAUCUGCCAGCUCGAAGGAGUUCGCGAUCGAUAUCCGCGAUUCGGCGAUUACAUGGAUCAAUGAUCUGGAAAAUGAUGCACAGUAUCGCCGGUGGCCAGGAAGCCUGAAAGAUCUGCUCAGGCCUACUUUCCCGGGAAUGCUGAGAAAUAUUCGUAAAAAUCUAUUUAACCUGGUGUUGAUUGUGGAUCCAGUUGAAGGCGAUAGUUCUGGCAGGGACAUUGUGAAGCUUGCAGAAAGUUUCGUUGUACAUAUGGCUCCCGUCCGCAUUGGGCUAGUGUUCAAGACGGGUGAAGGCGAGGACUAUCGUGCGCUGACUUGCGGUUUCAACUAUGUGCAUCAGAAGAAAUCGGCCACCGAAGCGCUCGGAUUUUUGACCGACCUAUUCGCGGCUACAGUUGAUCAGAAUGUUAUCCGUUAUGCCGACGUGCGGCAGGUGUUGAGGAAAAAAUUCAACCGCUUGAAGAUAGAGGAAGUGGAUGAGAUUUUGGGAGAAGACUCAGAUUUCGAUUAUGGACGGCAGCUAGCGCAGGAGUUUAUUGACCGACUUGGGCUGAAGAUUGUGCCUCAAGCCUUGCUGAACGGUGUCCUUCUGCCACAAACGACACUGACAAGCGACGAGUUUGAAGAAACGAUCCUAACGGAAAUAAUGCAGCAAACACCGACUCUCCAAAAGGCCGUCUAUUUGGGAGAUCUCCACGAGGGAGAACCAGUCAUCGAUUACCUGAUGAAGCAGCCGCACGUAAUGCCUCGGUUGAAUCAGCGAAUUCUGUCUCAGGACGAACCGCAGUUUCUUGACAUGUCUGGACGAGCACAUCCAGACCUGGAGGACGUCACUGCGCUUGGUCAGCUUUCGAAUCCAGACCUUACGGCAACAUUAAUGAAAAAUUUAAAAUAUUUCGGGGGCAAAUCAACGUACGAAAAGUUCCUAGGAUAUCGAGUGCAUUUCCUUACGGUGUGGGUUAUAGGCGAUUUACGACAGGAAGCGGCACGAAAGCAGCUUAAAAAUGCACUUAAGUACAUGAAAUCUUCCUCAGGUACACGCGUGGCGUUCAUUCCAAACGCAGACGGCACGGACGCGAUUCGCUCCGAGUUGAAAAAAGAUCUUAAUGCAUUGGUUUGGGCUACUAUCAACACAUUGGAGGCGGAUGAAUCUUACGAUCUUGUGAUGAAGCUAUUUGAAGCACACGAAUCCGAUCCAAGUAACUUUGCCUCGUCAGUUCCGGAUUCCGUGCUUGGUUUCCUGCCAGCGUCGCAAAUGCAUUUGAAAAUGCUACGUGUAUAUUGUCAGCGCGUGCUCAAGUUGAAAGCAUCGGCCAGCACAGUCAUGGCCAACGGGCGACUACUCGGCGUGUUUGAAACGAACGAAGUGUUUGAUACGGAAGAUUUCAGCCUCCUGGAGAGCUUUAACGGGCUGCAAUACACGGAUAAAAUUCGCAGUGCAAUGAAACAGGCUGCCUUGUCCGAUGUGGUAGACACACCGGCUAUGACAAGCGAUACGAUUAUGAAGUUAGUUUCGAUCCUAGUGCCCCGGCAACAGUCGAAGUCGCGCUACACAAUCCCAUCGGAUGUGCAGGAUAGUCGUACGGUGGUGAAAUUAUCCCCAAAGCGUACCGAUCAACCAUUUUUCGAAAUUGUCGCUGUGCUCGAUCCAGCAUCCCGUGGUGCUCAGAAACUGUCGUCACUGUUGCUGCUGCUCCGCGAUGUCGUCAACUGCCAAAUGAAAAUCUUCUUCUGUGCCAUCGAUAAACACAGCGAUAUGCCGGUCAAAACAUUUUAUCGUUUUGUUGUCGAACCAGAGUUACAAUUUACUAACGAUGGUAGACUAGCGACGGGCCCGUCGGCUAAAUUUGUCGGAUUACCAGCAAACCCACUGCUGACGCAAAGCCUUAACGUUCCUGAAAACUGGUUGGUGGAAGCCGUCCGCUCGGUAUAUGAUCUUGACAAUAUCAAGCUAUCAGAGAUCAAUGGACCGGUGCAUUCGGAAUACGAACUCGAGUAUCUUCUGCUUGAGGGACACUGCUUCGACAGUGCUACCGGUUCCCCGCCGCGUGGUUUACAGAUUACCCUUGGCACCGAAGAUCGUCCAAUCAUCGUGGACACGAUCGUGAUGGCCAAUCUCGGCUACUUCCAGCUCAAAGCGAAUCCAGGCGCUUGGAUAUUGAAGCUACGACACGGAAAGAGUGCCGACAUCUACGACAUAACAAGCGCGGAUGGUCCAAAUACGGUACAUACUCCCGAAAGUACGCGCGUGAUCAUUAGUUCGCUACGAUCUCACGUCCUGAAGUUACGCGUAACAAAGAAGGCUGGAAUGUCCGGGAUUGAUUUGCUGGGCGAUGAGAAAGAUGGUGCCGCCGGAGGUGGGAUUUGGGAUUCUAUUAGCUCGAUCGUCGGAACCGGCAGUGACGGCGGUAACAGUGCCGGUACGGGUGAAACGGAAGUACUUAACAUCUUCUCCGUCGCAUCCGGCCAUCUGUACGAGCGUUUGCUGCGUAUCAUGAUGUUGUCGUUGUUGAAGCAUACCAAUACGCCGGUGAAGUUCUGGUUCUUAAAGAACUAUUUGUCACCACAGUUUAUCGAUUUCUUGCCACACAUGGCAGCGGAGUACGGCUUCCAGUACGAACUGGUGCAGUAUAAGUGGCCUCGCUGGUUACACCAGCAAACGGAAAAGCAGCGCAUUAUCUGGGGAUACAAAAUCCUCUUUUUGGAUGUAUUGUUCCCGCUGGAUGUUAAGAAGAUCAUCUUCGUUGAUGCCGAUCAGAUCGUGCGGGCUGACAUGAAGGAACUGAACGACUUUGAGCUUGGUGGUGCUCCGUACGGCUACACGCCGUUCUGCGAUUCGCGUCAAGAGAUGGAAGGAUUCCGUUUCUGGAAGCAGGGUUACUGGAAGAACCAUCUGCAGGGACGGAGGUACCACAUUUCUGCAUUGUACGUGGUCGAUCUGAAGCGGUUCCGCAAGAUCGCCGCAGGUGAUCGCAUCCGUGGACAGUAUCAAGCGCUCAGCCAAGAUCCGAACAGUCUGUCCAAUCUUGAUCAGGAUCUGCCGAACAACAUGAUCCACCAGGUGGCAAUAAAAUCGCUUCCGCAGGAGUGGCUUUGGUGCGAAACGUGGUGCAGCAGCGAAACGCUGCAGUAUGCCAAAACCAUCGAUUUGUGCAAUAAUCCGCUAACGAAGGAAGCCAAACUGACGGCUGCGCAGCGCAUUGUACCAGAGUGGAAGGAUUACGAUGGGGAGAUCAAGCGGCUACAGGCCAAGGUUGACGACAGGGAGCAUGAAGAGCAAGCAGCGGCAGCUAUGGGUGUUGACCCCAGCAAUGUACAUUCCGUAGAAGGCAAAGGAUCUAAUCCAGAGGCGCGGCACACUGAGCUGUGAUUACGCGCGGUGCUUCAGGUGCUCUAAUCGGUAACUAAUGGACGGUUAAUGUGAUUUAUCGUCCGAUUGUUUAUCGAUUGCGUGUAUGUGCGGGUGAAUGUGUGUGUGUCUGUGAGUGAUCUUAGAUGAAAAUCGCCAUGAGUAGUGUCGAAUAAAAGUGAGAACAAAUUUAAGGAAUA